CUCUGUCCUCGCGUCUACACACAUGUUGUCAUGAUGACAGGAUGAUGAAGAUGACAGGAUGAUGACGAUGACAGGAUGAUGACAGGCGAUGGCGAACGGCGUCGGAAAACAUAAACUGCUUGUCAUCGGGCCGACAGAACCAUGGUCAGUGAGGGAGAAGCUGUGUUUGGCAUCAUCAGUGAUGAAGAGUGGAGACCAGAACUGGGUCUCUGUCAGUCGAGCCAUCAAACCGUUUGCAGAACCUGGACGACCACCUGACUGGUUCUCUCAGAGGCACUGUGCCUCUAAAUACUCUGAGCUCCUGGAAGCAACAGAAGCCCCAAAGAGGAAACGUGGUGACAAGGGUGAAGCGGUGGAGACAGUGGAGGACGUGAUCGUUCGCAGGCUGACGGCCGACAGGAUUGAAGAACUUAAAAAAGUGAUGAAAGAAAGUCAGGAGAAGCACAGGAAGCUGAAGAGAGAAGCUGAACUCAUUCAAGCUGGACAUCUAGAUUCUAAACUCCAAGAGUUAUGGGAAGAAAUUCUUCAACAGAACAAAGUGGAGCAGGAGGAAGCAGAGAUGAGAAGAAAAAACACAGCUGCUGCUUAUCAGGACAGACAGGUGGCAAAAAGCACAUGUAAGCCAGUGCCAGGCGUCGCCAUGCACUGUAGCUCCCCAAACCACGACUUCUCACCAGGUGACCCACGUGAGAGCUUGACCCUUGACCUCGCACCUUCAAACACUGCUUCAGAAACGUCCAGGUUAAUGGUUUUUCCGGAGUCUCCUGGACCUGGUCCUGAAGACCCUGGGAGUCACGGGUCACCUGUGGACGACCUCGCCCAAAAGAAAGUGGUGUGUCAGAAAGCCACUCCCCCACCAUCUCCACUGCUGUCAGAGUUACUGAAGAAAGGCAGCAUCUUGGCCUCUAAUUCCAGACUGAUUGGAGAGGGUGACGUGUCUGACCUGCAGUUUACUCAACCUCUCUCUCAGGCAACAGCAGGUGCUCCCAUGUUGUCUCGUCUGCUGGAGGCGGGUCCAACGCACUUUUCUGUGUCCUGUGCUCCUCCUCCUGUCCACUCAGCUGCCUCAGCAGGAACAGACGACAAAGUGUCAGGACUCAGUGAGGAAGAGGAGAGCGUGUCCUACAUGGGAGACGAGCUGGACUUCAAGACUGUGGGAGACAUUAUCGCUAUCAUUGAAGACAAGGUGCAAAGAAGCAAAGCAGAUGAGGCUGCAGAGGCUUUGGAUGCAGCUGCAGUUGAAGCUGCUCUGUCUCUGUGUGAGGAGAAUGGCCACGCCCUCUCUGGUGCCUGGGAGGCGGGGCCUUUCCAGCCCCACAGCUCUCACCCCACAGCGCCCUCUUUUGGGGCUCCACAGUCGUCAUCUCUUCUCUGUGGUCUGGAGGGGAAAGUCCUGGAUGAGACUUCAGCUUCACUCUCAGAUCAGUGUCUUGCAGAAUUCAGCGCUCUUCCUCACGGCUCGUCAUCCUCGCGGAGCCACAGUGGAGCGACUGCACUUCUGGAAGCAAAGAGAAACUGUAGAGAGGUGGUAAACCUGGAAAACCCACAUUCAUCAGGCACUAGCAUCAAAUAUGAGCGUGAGAAAUGGGCACAACAGAGAUCAGACGUGGGACUUGAAGAGAAUCCACUGACACAAAGACACGUGAAGGAGGUGAAGCCUCAGAACGGACUAAGUGUUGAUCGAAGAGAGAGCGACUCAGGCACUAAAGUAGACGAUGAAGUCAAUGAAGAAGAGGAGGGUGACGUGGUAGAGGGAUUCUCGUCGGAGCUGGAACCUGCAGCCAGUGAGAGUGAGGAUGGUUGCAGCCUCCACACGGCCUCCUCCUCCCUGCAGCUCCUCACUGCUGCAGACUCCAUCCCCAGCAGUCCGGCAUCGUCGCAGUUCUCUGCGUGCAGUGAGGACCUGGAAGCUCUACAGGCUCAAAAGAUCUGGAAGAAAGCCAUUAUGCUGGUGUGGAGAGCAGCAGCCAAUCACAGGUAUGCAAAUGUCUUCCUGCAGCCAGUAACUGAUGAAAUUGCACCUGGAUAUCACAGCAUUGUGCACAGGCCCAUGGACCUGGCCACCAUAAAGAAGAACAUUGAGACCGCUUUGAUUCGGACCACCGCUGAGUUCCAGAGAGACAUCAUGCUGAUGUUUCAGAACGCCGUCAUGUACAACAGCCUGGAUCACGACGUGCACCACAUGGCUCUGGAGAUGCAGCGCGACGUCCUGGAGCAGAUCCAGCAGUUUCUAGCCACGCAGCUCAUCAUGGAGACGGCAGAGUCUGGUAUCAGCGCCAAAAGUCUGAGGGGCCGUGAGAGCACACGCAAACUGGACUCUACAGACAAGGACACUGUCUCCAUGUCUUCCCCCGCCUUCCUCCUCUCUCUGUUUGAUGGAGGCACCAGGGGGCGCCGUUGUGCCAUAGAAGCUGACAUGAAGAUGAAGAAAUGAGACCACGUGUGUGAGUGGCACAGACUCUCACUUUGCUUCCUGUGCAAUAGAACCUUUCUUUUCACUCUAGAUUAAAUGGGUAGAUGAGAAAGAGGAGAAUAUCUUUCCUUCUGAGACAGCCAUACAUACUCUUCAUGGAUUACAUAGCAGUGUAAUCCCAGAUUACAAUGGGACGUUGAGAAAGACGAGGUCAAAUCUUCCAUAAACGUAGCUGCUGAUCACUAAGACUUCAGGUGACUGAAAGGUCAGAGGUGCAUGUAGAAACAUUAACUUAGCUGCUUUAUUAUUAUUAUUAUUAUUGUUAUUAUUGUUAUUUUGUGAUGAAUUCCUUUGAUCUUUGGUACUUCCAUACAUUAUCUUGCCAUUUUCAUGCUAAUAAUCUUUUUUGUGGAUUUAAAUGUUAAAACAAUGAAAGUGUAUUAAAGUGCCCAAACCUACCAUGUUAAGCUUGAAUUGCACAGAAUCUCUCCUCAGUGCCGACUUCAAACAAACCUGCAGAAACUGUCGCAGCUUCACUUUUCUGUUUUUGUGCAAAACUACGUUUUAAAAAGGAAUGAAAGUCUAGUUUGUCUGAUGUGUAAUAAAGUGUAAAUGAGCAAGUUUCAGCUUUUUCUCAGGAUUUGGUUUAAGAUGUGAGAUCUUUAUUCAAGCAAACUUUGAAUAGUAACAUGAAAUAUAAGAGAACUAAGUUUCAAAGUUGUUUUAGCUUUGCCUUCUUCAUGUUCAGUGUUUUAAUAACUUACUAACCUGAGGAUGCUUCAUCAUUUCUGUUCAACAUGUAAACACAAUGUAUUCUUGAUUUCAUGAAGUGAAGGAUAAACCAAUUCUUCAGGCUCUGAGCUUCAUCAUCUCAUUUUAUUUAAAGGUUUACAGUGUUUGACCUGCAGGCUCCUGAUGUUAGGAUGUGAAUUCAUGCACAGAACAGUUCAUGCGAGGCUCAGCGGUCAGAACCAAGGUGGACAAAUACAGGAGACAGAAAAUGAUCGAAAUCCAUGUUUAAUUGAUG